UCCUGCUGCCGCGACCCACAUGAGCAGCGUUUCCGUCCGGCCGCUCCGACACGCCGCUUCUGCCUGAAACGGUGGAUCUCUGAGCAGCUCUUGAUCCUCUAGAGACCGCGAUGGAGCCCUGAGGUUAACAGUAAGAUGUGCGAAUCUUACAUUUGUGUAGAAGAUUGGAGUGAUCCUAUAUUGGAAACAAGCUAACCCACACAUGGCCUGCGAGUCGGCUUUACCUGCCAUCAUGGACGAGCAGGCCCUCAUGGGACUGAACCCCAAUGCUGAUGCAUGCUACAGGCAAAGAGCAUUGGCAUAUUUUGAGCAGUUGAAGGAAUCUCAAGAUGGCUGGGAGGUUUGUGCGGAGGCCUUGGCUAAAGGCAUUUACAGUGAUGACCAUGUGAAGUUCUUCUGCUUUCAAGUUUUGGAGCAUCAGAUCAAAUACAGGCACGGGAGCCUCAACGGAGCUCAGCAGCUGCUGAUUAGAGAGACUUUGAUGAAAUGGCUACAGAUGCAGUUGAUGAGCACGCAGUCGGAGAAACCCUUCAUCAAAAACAAGGCUGCCCAGGUGUUUUCCCUAACUUUCAUCAUGGAAUACCCAACUGUGUGGCCCAAGUUCUUCUUUGAUCUGCUCUCACUGGUGGGUCUGAACCCUAACGGUCUUGACAUCUACCUGCGCACGCUCAUGGCCAUCGAUGCUGAGGUGGUGGACAGGGAUAUCUUGCACUCACCUGAGGAGACGCGAAGGAACACAAUAAUUAAAGACAGCAUGCGGGAGGACUGCAUCCCAGCAUUGGUGGAGUCCUGGUAUCAGAUUCUGCAGACGUACCAGCAGAGCCACAGUGAGCUGACAUGUCAGUGUCUUGAGGUGGUGGGAGCCUACGUCUCUUGGAUCGACCUCAACCUCAUCGCCAAUGACAGGUUUGUAAAUCUGUUGUUGAGCCACAUGUCAGUGGAGGAGCUGCGAGAGGAGGCCUGUGACUGUCUGUUUGAGAUUGUUAAUAAAGGCAUGGACCCGGUGGACAAAACCAAACUGGUGGAGUCACUCUGUCAGGUUCUGCAGUCUGCUGGGUUCUUUAAUGUGGAGCAGGAAGAGGAUGUUGACUUCCUGGCAAAGUUCUCGCGGCUGGUGAAUGGGAUGGGCCAGGCUCUGGUGCUAAGCUGGACCAAGCUUAGUAAGACCGGAGAUGUGAAGGUCACUACAGAAACGCUGCGAGCGCUGGAGUCUAAGGUUCCCCUGAUGCUACAACUGCUGGUCCAUGAGGACGAUGACAUUUCAGCAAACAUAGUGGGAUUCUGUUAUGACUAUCUGCAUAUACUCAAACAGCUUCCUGUCCUUACUGAUCAGCAAAAGAGUAAUGUGGAGGCAAUUAUGCUGUCUGUUAUGAAAAAACUGACAUAUGAUGAUGAGUACAACUUUGAGAAUGAGGGUGAGGAUGAGGCAAUGUUUGUGGAGUACAGGAAGCAAUUAAAGAUGCUGCUGGACCGCCUGGCACAGGUCUCUCCUGAGCUCCUGCUGGAAUCUGUGCGCAGAGUCUUUACUACUACCAUGCAAAACUGGCAAACGACACGGUUCAUGGAGGUGGAAGUGGCAAUAAGGCUGUUCUACAUGUUGGGAGAGGCACUGCCUGCAUCACACGGGGCUCAUUUUACUGGUGAUGCUACAAAAGCCAGUACUCUUCAGGACAUGAUGAGGACGCUCAUCUCCAGUGGCGUAAGCGAGUAUCGGCACUCUUCGGUCACACUAGAGUUCUUUGAGACUGUUGUACGCUACGACAAGUUUUUCAUUGUGGAACCACAGCACAUUCCAAUCGUCCUGAUGGCAUUUCUGGACCAUCGUGGUCUGAGGCACAGCAGUCCAAAAGUCAGAAGCAGGGUGGCUUACCUUUUCUCCAGGUUCAUCAAAACUUUAUAUAAACACAUGAAUGCCUAUAUCGAGGACAUCCUGACCAGAAUACAGGACCUGCUGGAGUUAGCUCCUCCUGAAAAUGGCUUCCCGGCUCUGUUGAGCAGCGAUGACCAGCUGUUUAUGUUCGAAACAGCGGGGGUGCUGAUUGUGAACGGAGAAAGUCCAGCAGACAGGAAGCAGGCUCUGAUGCGCAGUCUUCUUACCCCGCUGAUGGAGGCUUUCCGUCUGCUUCUCGCGAAACUGACUCAAGAGGUUGAUGAGGAGAGACAGACAGCCCUCGCUGACUGCCUCAGUCAUGCUGUGGGGUUUGCCAGUCGCACCAGUAAGGCGUUUAGUAACAAGCAGACUGUGAAGCUAUGUGGCUGCUCUGAGGUGUACCUGGACUGCCUGCAGACGUUUCUUCCUGCACUGAGCUGCCCGGUCCAGCGGUGCACUCUGCGCAGUGCUGUGCGCUCAUUUCUCCACCGCAUGAUCAUCUGCCUAGAAGAGGAGGUACUGCCCUUCAUCCCAGCAGCGUCCGAGCACAUGCUGAAGGAUUGUGAGCCCAAAGACCUUCAGGAAUUCAUCCCUCUCAUCAGCCAGAUCACAGCCAAGUUUAAGAACCAGGUGUCUCCCUUCCUGCAGCAAGUAUUCAUGCCAUUGGUGCUGGCAAUCUUUGAGGUGUUGUCACGGCCUGCAGAGGACAAUGACCAAACUGCAGCACUUGAGAAACAGAUGCUCAGAAGGAGCUACUUCAGCUUUGUCCAGACCAUGGCCAGUAGUGGCAUGAAUGAAGUCAUGGCCAACCAAGGUGCUGAAAAUAUUGAGCGUGUGCUGUUCACAAUCAUCCAGGGAGCCGUGGACUUUCCUGAUCCUGUCGCCCAGAAGACCUGUUUCAUCAUCCUCUCUAAACUAGUGGAGCUAUGGGGUGGUAAAGAUGGUUUAGUUGGGUUUCCAGACUUCAUCUACAAGCACAUUGUCCCAGCAUGCUUUGUGGCUCCUCUCAAACCAACGUUUGACCUAUCAGAUGCCCAGACUAUCCUGACGCUGUCUGAGUGUACACUUACUCUGAAAAUGAUUCAUCUCAAGAGGGGUCCAGAGUUUAUUCAGUUCUUGCAGCAGGAGUACUUGCCCUCUCUGCAGAUCUCUCCUGAGAUUGCACAGGAACUCUGUCAAGUGCUUCAGCAGCCAGACACCAAGGUUCUGAAAAACUGCAUGAAGGUAUUUUUUCAGCAAGCCAAACUGUAAAAACUGGAAGUACGCGGGGUUCAGAAACUCCCGUCCAAGAGGACAGCAGUUGUCGGUGCCACAUACAGUUCAACUCAAAGACAGAGCUUAGCAUAGGCUGCUUUUGCACUUAAAGAGAGAAGCUUAACCACGCCCAUUCCUGGUGUAAGGGAAAUGGUGCCGAAACAGGAUUCUCACAAGGAUGAGCUAUCGCAACGGUGACCACAGCCCUCCAGUGACCUAGGCCCAAUCAGUCGUGCUCUUCAUGUGGAUUUGACCUCCAGCCAUGGGGAAGGAUGUGUGAUUGGCCAGCGUGAUGAGGUGGAAAGCUAAUGGGAGUUUGUGGGAGGGGCUUUGAUUUGGAGAGAAAAGUCUGUCCUAAGUUUACCCUUUCCCACCUAAACGAGGGGGAAAAAAAGCAUUUGGCGCUUGAAAAUAUGGAAUGAUCUGAGUAAUAUUUUGUAUUUGUGAGAGAGUUCUUGGUUAAAAAUCUGUAGAGUUUUUAAAAAAGAAACUGUAGAGCAUUUGAAGAUAUUUGGUGGUGAUAAUUUUUGUUUGAGUGGUUGAAACGAGGUUUCACUGAUAAAUUGGAACAAAAGAAGGGCUGGUUUGACACAAUUUUAUUUAAUGAUAGAAUUGAUUUUUCCUUUUAUGUUACAGGAUGAAAGCGUUUAGUUUUUAUUUUGAUGUUUUUGGGAGAAAUAUGAAAGUGCUCUUGAUCCUGGCCUUCUGGGUCUGAAACAUUCUUUUGUCCCUUGCAUCAUCUUCAUUGUCAGAUGUGAACAGUUAAAUGAUCAGAAUCUGCUUCUCUUUCUGAUUUGUAAAAUAAAUAUUUUUUGUUUUGUUUAUGGCAUGUUAAAUGCAUUGUUAACCCACCUAAGCUGUACAGUCCCUCACCAUCCUGUCUUAAUGCAGCUAGACCUCUUUCCUUAACAUCGAAACACUAAACAACGCAUAGUGAAGCUGACAUUAGCUGUAUGGAAAUCAUGGUAUGCAGAUAUGUAUUUUAACAUCCAAUGUUAAAGGAGCUCAACCCUAUCAAUUAUGCAAUGUUUGUGUUUUUUUUUUUUUUAAGUAAUGGUUAAAACAUGACUUUCGGUCUGAGGGCUUGACACUCUAUGGUUACAGUUCUUUAGGUGAAAUCUAAGGUGCUAGAACUAAGGGUGACAUUAAUGUGUUGGCUAGGCAGGCAGUUUAAUGCUAUAGAUGAACAGGUUAACAAAGGAAAACUCUUGUCAUUUUCCACUUUAGUAAUAUGAAUGAAGCUAUAAAGCUGCAUAUUAAAACUGCCCAAUGGUGAAAACAGAGGCUCAGUGCAGUAGGGCUAUAUUAAAUCAAAGAUGGUUUAAAACUGUAAUGGUACCGCUUAAAAAAGGCUCCUUUAUAAAGGGUUUAUAAAUGGGUUAUAAAAGGAGAUUAUUAAUAGUUAUAGAUUAGGUUGUAAAUACUCUAAAAACAUAAAUAAGCAACACCUACAUAGAAAUUACAACAGGAAAAAAAUGUUUUAACAUAUCUUAUAAAAUAAUAUAGAAGGUCAGUUUAGUCGUUUAAUGUUAUUAUAGUUAAAUGAACAAUGUUAUUAACAGAAAUGUUAAUAUUAAACUGAUGGAAAAGACAAAGUAAGAUAAGAAUCUAGUAAGAUAUGAUGUUUAGCAGUAUACAUUAUUGUGGAAUCGCUAUUUGUUACAUGACAGGCCACUGUUGCCCUUCAUAUUUAAGUGUUGUAACUGCUUGUUUAUGGUUUAAAACCUAAUUAAUUACCAUCAAUAAACUCCUUUGUAAACUAUGCAUAAACUCUUUAUGAAAGAGCCUUAUUUUAAAGUGGUAUCACUGUAACAAUAAAGAUGAAUCAAAGUUUAUUUUAGCAGAUGGUCAGUUUACUCUGUUUGCAAACGAAUACGGUUUGUACAAAGAUUAGGUUUGAUGCAUACCAAUUGAUUUAAAAACAUGCAGUUUGCUGAAAUGCUUCAGGUAUUCAGAAGUUCAAGGUCAGCCUGAUUUUUCUCAAAAAAAAGUACUGUCCAAAAUAAGUUUAGUGUUCCAGGACUGUGUUUUUUGUUUCAUAAGGGAAAUUGGAAAAGGUCAGGUCAAAAACAGUAAAACAUAAAUUGGAGGGUGGUAGAGGUGACAAUCCCAAGGUUUUGAUUUGUUCGGAUGCUCUAAUAUAAAUAUGGUCUGCAGCUCUUAAGCUCGGUUGACAGUUACAAUAAAUGAGUCUGUUCAUUAAAUGCAUUAAAUAUGUUAACGGUGAUUUUAUGCUGUUUAUGAAAGCCACAUGCAAUUCUCAACAACUCAUGUAUAAUACAAAUAUGUGUUUUCUUUCACAAAUAUCUGAAAAUUAUGAAAUGAACUGCUUUUAAAACAUUAUUCUGUGAAGGACUGCUAUUGGUCUCAGUCUAGUUCAUUCUAACCAUGUGCCACAACAUGCUGUACUUAAAAUCGCCUUUGUCUCAAAAGACAGCAGAAUUCUCAAAUGUGUGUGAACAAUGCCUAGUGUUCUUGCUUAGUUCUGCUAAAUCUUCAACACACCUACCUACCUGUUCAGUAUCUUUUGAAUACUUGUAUUCAUAUCAGUUGUUUUGCAGUAUGGUGUGAAAUGAGCUGCAUCUCCUUUAGCCCGGGCUGUCUGUUGAUAUUUACCAUAACAGCUCCUUUUGUCCAAUUUAAACAGCACUUCAGAUAGAACACAGCUGAACAACCAUUCAGCCUGCGUUCAGAAUGACACUGGCAGCAUAGCCCUCAGCUGCAGAUCAGGACCUCAGAGUACUCUACACCAAAUACGACAGAAGGCAAUUUCAUUAUAUUUUGAAUGGAGAGAUCCUUGUUGGAAAGUUAUUUUUGAUAUUCCCUCACACCCCUGUCAGUCUUUUGUCACUACCAAUAAAGUGUAUCUAAUGUAAA